AUGCUUCUUGAGCUAUAUUUUCAGAGGACUAUAAUUAAGAUUAGUAACAAGUUUAUGGGAUCACCGGGGAGAAGCAACAUUGAAAAUAUGAUGGCGGGUUCAGCUCUAAGAAGGCUCAUGGCCGAAUAUAAACAACUUACACUUAAUCCUCCUGAAGGAAUUAUAGCUGGUCCAGUGAAUGAAGAAAAUUUCUUUGAAUGGGAAGCUUUAAUAACGGGACCUGAAGGAACAUGCUUCGAAGGAGGUAUAUUUCCAGCAAAGUUACAAUUUCCUCCAGAUUACCCGCUGAGCCCACCUAAAAUGCAAUUUGUUUGUGAAAUGUUCCACCCUAAUAUCUAUGCUGAUGGCAGAGUUUGUAUAUCAAUCCUCCAUGCCCCUGGUGAUGAUCCCAUGGGAUAUGAAACAAGCGCAGAGAGAUGGUCACCUGUGCAAAGUGUUGAAAAAAUACUUUUAUCGGUUGUCAGCAUGUUGGCAGAGCCAAAUGAUGAAAGUGGUGCCAAUGUGGAUGCAGCAAAAAUGUGGAGGGAGGAUCGAGAGCAAUUUAAUAAAAUUGCUGAAAGGCUAGUAAGAAGAACGUUAGACCUUCCGCCCCCUUAA